AUGACUGAUAAUAAUGUGGAUAAAGUUGAAAGGGAGAAGUUUGCCAAUAAGUUUGAAUAUUUUCUCACAUCAUUGAGUUAUGCGGUUGGGUUGGGAAAUGUGUGGAGAUUUCCCUAUUUAUGCUAUAAAAAUGGUGGAGGCACUUUUUUCGUUCCCUAUUUAAUUAGUUUAGCAAUAGUCGGACUUUCAUUUUUCUUUCUCGAGUCAGCACUGGGACAGUACUCAAGUCAAGGACCGAUGGGAGUUUGGAUUAUAUCUCCACUGUUUAAAGGAAUUGGAUUAGCCAUGUUUGUAAUGAACAUGUAUGUUGGUAUAUACUAUAACAUAGUAGUAGCAUGGGCAAUUUACUUUCUCUAUGCAACAUUCACUAAACUACCUGGCCUUCCAUGGAGUGAUUGCAAUAAUCAAUGGAAUACUAAAUACUGUCACAUAUUGAAAGUGAAUUCAAGUGAUGAAAACAAUAAGCUAUUUAAGAGUCCAAGCGAUGAAUUUUUUCACCGUCAUGUGUUGCAAAUGAGUGAUGGUAUUGAAGAGUUGGGUUCACUUAACUAUCGACUGGUCAUAUGUUUAAUGAUUGCGUGGAUACUCAUGUUUUUUGCCAUAUCUAAAGGUGUUAAAGGAUUGGGAAAAGUUUCAUACUUUACAGCUAUGUUUCCAUAUAUAAUGAUAACAAUAUUAUUGGGAAGAGGAGCCUCACUGGAGGGUGCAAUUAAUGGCAUUGAGUACUACAUAGUGCCGAAAUGGGACAAAAUAUGGAACGUUAGUGUUUGGUCAGAUGCGGCCAGUCAGAUAUUUUUCUCCCUUUCCAUUUGUAUGGGUGGUGUUAUUACAUUAUCCAGUUAUAAUCCGGUUAAAAAUAAUUGUCUUAAGGAUUCAUUAUUAAUAACUCUAUGCAAUUCAUUGACUAGUAUAUAUGCUGGUUUUGCUAUUUUUAGUAUUAUUGGAUUUAUGGCAACCGAUUUGAAUCAAAGUGUUGAUAAAGUGGUUGAUCAGGGGGUUGGACUGGCAUUUAUAGCCUAUCCGUCAGCCCUCUCACUAUUGCCAGUAUCUCCUCUCUGGUCGUGUCUAUUCUUUUUGAUGAUAUUAACGCUUGGAUUUGGUAGUGAAAUGACACUAAUUGAAGCCAUUGUCAUCACAAUUGUUGAUCAACAACCCGACAAAUUAAGACAUAGAAAAGUGUGGGUUUUAUUGGUUGUCUGUAUUAUUAUGUUUUUGGCCGGACUUUUCAUGUGUACUAAUGGUGGGAUCUAUAUUUUGCAAUUAAUGGAUACAUAUUGUGUACCUUAUUCUGCAUUAUUUAUAGCACUUUUUGAAGUGACAGUCGUUGCCUGGGUUUACGGUAUCGACAAUUUUAUGGACAAUAUAAAAGAGAUGAUUGGUUUUUACCCCUUUCCACGUCUAUACUGGAAAAUUAUUUAUAAGUUUGCUGCACCCAUAAUCAUAAUUACACUACUUGUGCUGCAAUUUGUGUUUAGAGGACCGACAACUUAUGGUGAAUAUCAAUAUCCCGUUUACGCCGAAGCCAUUGGUUGGUUAUUAUGUGUUUCUUCAAUUAUUUUUAUACCAAUUAUUGCUUUAUAUCAAGUUUUUACAUCUAAUUUACCAAUAAUUGAGGCUAUUAAAUGUUUAAUAAAACCGACCGGUGUUUGGGUUAAAAAUAGUGAGACUAAUAAUGUGAAUCAACCAAAACAAGAGGUUUCAACCAAAUGUAAUAAACUUGUAAUACAAAGUACAUAA